AUGGCGGAAGUCUUCCUGCGAGCAAUUAAUCAGUAUGCAGAUAUGCUAAACAAAAAAUUUCUUGAUCAAGCCAACUUUGAGUUACAGCUUUGGAACAACUACUUCCACCUGGCUGUUGCUUUUCUCACACAAGAGUCUUUACAACUGGAGAAUUUUUCAAGUGCUAAAAGAGCAAAAAUACUUAACAAGUACGGUGAUAUGAGAAGGCAGAUCGGUUUUGAAAUCAGGGAUAUGUGGUAUAAUCUGGGUCAGCAUAAAAUCAAGUUCAUCCCAGAAAUGGUGGGACCUAUCUUGGAAAUGACGCUGAUCCCUGAAACCGAACUUCGAAAAGCUACAAUCCCAAUCUUCUUUGAUAUGAUGCAGUGUGAAUUUCAUUCUACUAGAAGCUUCCAGAUGUUCGAAAAUGAGAUCAUCACGAAACUGGAUCAUGAAGUGGAAGGAGGCAGAGGAGAUGAACAGUACAAAGUGUUAUUUGACAAAAUUCUCUUGGAGCACUGCAGAAAACACAAAUACCUGGCUAAGAGCGGAGAAACUUUUGUGAAACUUGUUGUCCGCUUAAUGGAGAGGUUGUUGGACUACAGGACCAUAAUGCAUGACGAGAACAAGGAGAACCGCAUGAGCUGUACUGUCAACGUGCUGAAUUUCUACAAGGAGAUUGAGAGAGAAGAAAUGUACAUAAGGUAUUUGUACAAACUGUGUGACCUGCACAAAGAAUGUGAUAACUAUACAGAGGCUGCCUACACGUUACUUCUGCAUGCCAAGCUUCUUAAGUGGUCAGAAGAAGCAUGUGCAGCACAUCUUACCCAGCGGGAUGGAUACCAGGCUGCUACUCAAGGACAGUUGAAAGAUCAACUCUAUCAAGAAAUUAUCCAUUACUUUGACAAGGGCAAGAUGUGGGAAGAGGCCAUUGCCUUGGGUAAAGAACUUGCAGAACAGUAUGAAAAUGAAAUGUUUGAUUAUGAACAACUCAGUGAACUGCUGAGAAAGCAAGCCCAGUUCUAUGAGAACAUUGUGAAAGUCAUAAGACCAAAACCAGACUACUUUGCUGUUGGGUACUACGGCCAGGGAUUUCCAACAUUCAUAAGGAACAAAGUCUUCAUUUACCGGGGAAAGGAGUACGAACGCCGUGAAGACUUCGAAGCAAGGUUAUUGACUCAGUUUCCAAAUGCAGAAAAAAUGAAAACGACGUCUCCACCGGGCGAUGACAUUAAAAACUCCUCCGGCCAGUAUAUUCAGUGCUUUACUGUAAAGCCAAAACUGGAUUUACCAUCUAAAUUUCACAGGCCAGUGUCAGAACAAAUCGUGAGUUUCUAUAGGGUGAAUGAAGUCCAACGGUUUGAGUAUUCACGCCCUGUUCGAAAAGGAGAGAAAAACCCAGACAAUGAAUUUGCGAAUAUGUGGAUUGAGAGAACCAUCUAUGUGACAGCGUAUAAAUUACCAGGGAUUCUGAGGUGGUUUGAAGUCAAAUCAGUUUUCAUGGUUGAAAUUAGUCCCCUGGAAAAUGCAAUAGAAACCAUGCAGCUAACAAACGAUAAGAUCAACAAUAUGGUUCAACAGCAUUUAAAUGAUCCAAAUCUACCCAUUAACCCGCUCUCGAUGCUGCUUAACGGCAUUGUGGAUCCCGCAGUCAUGGGAGGGUUCACAAACUACGAGAAGGCUUUUUUUACUGAAAAAUAUAUGCACGAGCAUCCAGAAGAUCACGACAAGAUUGAAAAACUGAAGGAUCUGAUUGCUUGGCAGAUCCCGUUCCUGGCGGAAGGCAUCCGGAUCCACGGGGAGAAGGUGACGGAGGCGCUGCGGCCCUUCCACGAGCGGAUGGAGGCUUGCUUCAGGCAGCUGAAGGACAAAGUGGAAAAACAGUAUGGCGUCCGCGCUGUCCUUUCAAGUCUAGAUGAUAGACGGGGCAGUCGGCCACGGUCUAUGGUGAGGUCCUUCACGAUGCCAUCAUCUUCAAGACCCCUCUCCGUUGCGUCGGUGUCUUCCAUCUCCUCCGACAGCACACCUUCUCGACCGGGCUCGGAUGGGUUUGUGCUGGAGCCCCUCCUGCCAAAAAAGAUGCAUUCUAGGUCUCAAGAUAAAUUGGACAAGGAUGACCUAGAUAAAGAUAAGAAAGAAAAGAAGAAGGAGAAAAGGAACAGCAAGCAUCAGGAGAUAUUUGAUAAAGAAUUUAAAUCUACUGAUAUUUCUCUGCAGCAGUCUGAAGCAGUGAUCCUUUCAGAAACGAUCAGCCCACUGAGACCACAGAGACCAAAAAGCCAAGUCAUAAACGUCAUUUCAAGUGAAAGACGUUUCUCCGUCUCUCCAUCGUCUCCCAGCUCCCAAGCGACGCCACCACCAAUUACACCACGGACAAAACUUUCCUUCGGCAUCCAGUCCAAUCUGGAGCUGAAUGGUAUGUCCAGCUCCGACAUCCCCGACGUUCCUCCUCCUCUGCCUCUCAAAGGAAGCAUGGCCGAUUAUGGGAACCUCAUGGAAAGUCAAGACUUGAUCAGCCCGGCGACCUCCCCCCCUGCCCAUCAAAGGCACCUGCCGCCUCCGCUCCCCAGCAAGACUCCCCCGCCUCCGCCUCCAAAGACAACUCGGAAGCAAACGUCUGUUGACUCUGGGAUUGUCCAGUGAAGAAGGAAGCGUUUUUUCCAAAGAUAAAGCUGUAACAAUUCAUUUCCCUAAGUAUUUUAUGGUAUAUAAUGUUUACCUCAUUCAGGCGUGCAGUAUCUAACAUUUAGUGCAAUGACUCUAACUCCGUAAGAAAUCUAUUUCUAGCUGUGUGUGGGAAACAACACUACAUUGCCCCUCUUUCUGGGGUUAUUCCCUCCCGUAACUUGAAAGAAAUCUGGAUUUCUACUUGAGACCGGGAGGUAUUCAUCAACUGACAGUGCCCUCUUCCUAAACCUUCUCCCUGCUUCUUCUGAAUAACUUCAGGCACAUAGGUAGCUGUGGACAUUAAAAUGAGAGUUGACUAUUUUGUACCUAAAGCAUUCAGGUAGCUGUGGAGUUUAAAAUGAGCUGAGUAUUUUGUACCUAAUCUCAGCGUAUAUAGGAAUCGAUGAUGAUAUUCACAUUGAAUUCAGUGCAUGUUCGAGUAGGCUUCACAGUAAGGAGAAGCUGCCGUAGGAUUUCCCCAAAUAACGGUU